AAAUGUUUUAUUAAAAAAUUCCUAUAAAAUUAACAAACAUCGAUAAGUGCAGCCGGCGCAGAUGCAGCUCUGCAAACUAUCGAUCACUGCAACUGUUCGUGUGCCGGUGUUUGAUGGUAUUUGUCAUUUGAUUUGAUCAUAUCGCAUUUAUAAAUGGGUUCAUUCCCGCAAAAGGCAACAUUUUGCAGUUGAAAGUAGAAGAAAGUAGUAAUGGCAGAGGCGAACAACAAUAUUGACAGGACUGCCCGCACCGCCGGUGAGGUUCAGCAAAAUUUAGCAGAGUCUCUCGGCUAUGCCGAGGAGAUUAUCUGGGACCUCUUGUCCCAAGAGCAGGAGCACAUCUUGUUGCAGAAACUUAGGGAGCUGGUGCGCGAUCCGGAGCCACCAUAUGGUUCAACGGAAAGCCGUGAAGCCGAGACCGCACGGAUGAAGCAAAUCGGCGCCAAUGAUAAAAUUCGAAAUACGAUCUUUAAUGCCGUUUGGGAGCAGCGAAAAUAUACAAAUCGCCAGUCGCUCACAUCCAUUAUAUACGUAAUGGUUGCCAACGUGGAGGACGUUAAUCGCGCGGAGAAUUGUCAGUCAUUUUCUUGUCACCCGGUUUUCCGCGGGCGUCGUUGUAUCACCGGAAGCAGUGGUACAAGCAGCGAUAGCUCCAACUGCUGCAUGGUGUUCUUAGAUGAAAACGGACGCGUCUAUCAGAGCUGGGCCUCGUAUGUGGACACAAAUGAGCUGCCCGCCGGUGUGAUGAUUGCCCCCGAGCGUGGCAUUUACAAAAUGGUCAAUGGACGGGUCAGUUUGGAUAAGUACACUACGCCGGCUGGCACCACCAACAGAAAGGUGCUCGGAUAUCUGGACACGGGCAGUGCGAUCGGCGGUUUUGCAGCUGCAUGCAUUCCUGUGGCCGCUCUCCUCACGCUGCCGGUGUCCGCGCCCCUGAUGGCGGCUGCCGGGGCCGUGGGCCUUGCCACUGCCGGCUAUGCCACGGCACGUUCCAGUGUCAAGCUGAUGGAUCGCAGCCAGCAUGAGCAGUCGAUCAACGUGUCGGAUCGUGAGGCGCGUGGCCACUGGCUGGGCGUAAUCGCUGGUGCCGUGGGACUGGGCGCUGCAGGUGCUACCAGUGUAAUGUCAGCGGCCACUGCCGCCGGCCAGGAGGUGGGAGCGAUCACUCAGUUGACUGUCAAUGGGAUGAACAUAUCCUCGAUUGUCAUCUCGGGCACUGGUGUGGCCAAUGGGGUGCUGGACUUGAUACUGAAAUACCAGGACGGCGAUGAUGUCACGGCCAUGGAUGUGCUACAGCUUUCGGCCUCACUGGUGCUGUUUACGCACAGCGUUUACAACUUCCGUUUGGCAUCGACCAUUAUCAAUGACACGGCCAACAGCAAGAUAGGCAGCUAUCGCGAGACUCUGAGCAAUCGCCAGCGGCGCGCCUUUGAUAAGGUGUCCAAGGAGACCAUACGCAUCCGUGGCAACACAAAGGGCAAGCUGGACAUAAUACGCGGCGUCAACGAGGUGCCCUCAAAGCAGCAGUUCAACGAUCUGUACAAGAUCAACAAGCAGCUGAACAAGGAGGGCGUGCGGGCUGCCUUUGCACCCGAUGGCAAAGGAUUCGUGCUGAACGACCAGGUGACCGCCAACGCGGCGGAUCUGCGUGCCAGUGUGCAGCACAAUCAGGGACCCGAUAUACUGGGUCAGGUGAAGCAGCCGAUUCCCACCACCCACGAAGCUGCGACCAGUACCAAAACGAUUGGUGGGUCCCGCCUGCUGGGUCCCAAUCCGACUGCCCUCGACGGGCCAGAGCCCACCAACUAUGCCGUGGGCGCGUUCGGCCUCCAGCUAAGCUCCGUUGUGGUCGGUGGUGUGGUGUUCGUCCUGAAAGAUUACGGAGAGAUGAUAUUCACACACAUUGUCAAUGCCGAGAGCAUUGAGAAUUUGAUCACCAGCAUGGCCGAGCGCCUGGAACCGGAGGUCUUCAAUUUCAUCAUGAAUCUGACGCGUACCUUCAUGGACACGAUGCUCGAGGAAUUAACGACGGUGCUGAAGUUCUUCAUUGCCACCGAAUCGGUGAUGUACAGGAUCCUUAAGUUUAUUCUGGACAACUAUAGCGCUGCGGCCUACGAUCUGAUUGUGGAGCACACCAUGGAUAUUUUGCAGGCCGUCAGGGCCUACUACAUGGCGCUGAACCCGAACUCGCUUUCCGAACUCGUCAAGAGGUGUGAUGUCUGCGAGGGCUACUACAGCAUCUGUAAAUUGUAACCAAGUCGCAAAUUUAAACUCUAUAUCAUCAUUAUCUUUAACUAUUACACAAUUCCCCAAGAAGAAAGGAGAAACAAAUCCAAACCCAAUCCACAAAGUGACUGCGAUAGCAGCGUAACCAAAUAAACCAUUAUAAAUGAGCACAACUUGACAACAAAAUACAAAUUGGCUGUACGAAUUUUGAUAGAAUUUACAAUGUACACAAUUUUAACUAAUUAAUAAAGGAUGUUUUUUGU